AUGCCAAAACCGAUUGUAUCUGCCAUCCAGAUUUUCCCGUCAAACGAUAAUCACGCAUUUCUCUCAGCCGAUUUCCUGACCCUCGUCGAGAUCGAGUCCACCGACGCGGCCCCUUUCUUAAUCGUUGGUGACACCAUGAGCACGCGUCAUGACCUCUACAAAGAUGGCGUCGAUUUCACCACGCUCGCACUGCAGUCGCCGGACUUUGCCAAAUACUUGAAGCCGAACAACCAAUUGGAUUUCACAGAUCCCAACGCCGUGAGACAAUUGACCGUCAGUCUUCUUCAACGAGACUUCGAUUUGAAGGUCGACAUCCCGGAAGCGCGAUUAUGCCCUCCAGUGCCUAAUAGGUUAAACUAUAUUCUAUGGUUGCAAGAUCUUAUAGACACCACCGGAGACGAAUAUCGAGAUGAAUACAACUCUGACAGAAAAGUCACAGGCCUUGACAUCGGGACAGGAUGUUGCAGCAUAUACCCUUUGCUAGGAACUUCAAUGCGACCCAAUUGGAGCUUUCUAGCGACUGAUAUCGACCAUGAAAACGUCCGGACAGCUACACACACGGUCAAGUCAAAUGACCUCGAGUCGCGCAUCCAUGUGGUGAAGACUAUCCCGAGCGACAAUCUGAUUUCCAUCAACCUGAUACCCGGAGCUGAACGGUAA